AAGUGAGUCAGUGUCCGCGGACCCGGCCGGCCCAGGCCCGUGCCCGCCGCGGCCUUGAGAGGCCCCGACAGGCCCCGGCCCGGCGGCGGCGGCGGCGGCCAUGGCCGGGGGGCCGGGCCCGGGAGAGCCCGCAGCCCCCGGCGCCCAGCACUUCUUGUACGAGGUGCCGCCCUGGGUCAUGUGCCGCUUCUACAAAGUGAUGGACGCCCUGGAGCCCGCCGACUGGUGCCAGUUCGCCGCCCUGAUCGUGCGCGACCAGACUGAGCUGCGGCUGUGCGAGCGCUCCGGGCAGCGCACGGCCAGCGUUCUGUGGCCCUGGAUCAACCGCAACGCCCGUGUGGCCGACCUGGUGCACAUCCUCACGCACCUGCAGCUGCUCCGCGCGCGGGACAUCAUCACAGCCUGGCACCCUCCCGCCCCGCUUCCGUCCCCAAGCACCACUGCCCCGAGGCCCAGCAGCAUCCCUGCACCCGCCGAGGCCGAGGCCUGGAGCCCCCGGAAGUUGCCAUCCUCAGCCUCCACCCUCCUCUCCCCAGCUUUUCCAGGCUCCCAGACCCAUUCAGGGCCUGAGCUCGGCCUGGUCCCAAGCCCUGCUUCCCUGCGGCCUCCACCGCCAUCUCCAGCCCCUUCCUCUACCAAGGUAGGUGUCCCCUGCCCCCUAGGGAAGAUUCGAGACAAGGAGGAAGGAAUUCAGCCUUUGGUGUACCACAGAGCCGCAGUCAGCCAAGCUGGGUCAGCUGGGAGGCAGCUGUGGUGGGGACAGCCUGGAGCCUUCGGCAGAAGGGAGGAGACAGGGGGACCCCACCUGAUCCAGGCUCUCUUUCCACAGCCAGCCCCAGAGAGCUCGGUGUCCCUCCUGCAGGGAGCCCACCCCUCUCCAUUUUGCUGGCCCCUCUGUGAGAUUUCCCAGGGCACCCACAACUUCUCAGAGGAGCUCAAGAUCGGGGAGGGUGGCUUUGGGUGCGUGUACCGGGCAGUGAUGAGGAACACGGUGUAUGCUGUGAAGAGGCUGAAGGAGGACGCUGACCUGGAGUGGACUGCAGUGAAGCAGAGCUUCCUGACCGAGGUGGAGCAGCUGUCCAGGUUUCGUCACCCAAACAUUGUGGACUUUGCUGGCUACUGUGCUCAGAACGGCUUCUACUGCCUCGUGUACGGCUUCCUGCCCAACGGCUCCCUGGAGGACCGGCUCCACUGCCAGACCCAGGCCUGCCCACCUCUCUCCUGGCCUCAGCGACUGGACAUCCUUCUGGGUACAGCCCGGGCAAUUCAGUUUCUACAUCAGGACAGCCCCAGCCUCAUCCAUGGAGACAUCAAGAGUUCCAAUGUCCUUCUGGAUGAGAGGCUGACACCCAAGCUGGGAGACUUUGGCCUGGCCCGGUUCAGCCGCUUUGCCGGGUCCAGCCCCAGCCAGAGCAGCACGGUGGCCCGGACGCGGACAGUGCGGGGCACUCUGGCCUACCUGCCCGAGGAGUACAUCAAGACAGGAAGGCUGGCUGUGGACACGGACACCUUCAGCUUUGGGGUGGUGGUGCUGGAGACCCUGGCUGCUCAGAGGGCUGUGAAGACGCACGGUGCCAGGAUCAAGUAUCUGAAAGACCUGGUGGAAGAGGAGGCUGAGGAGGCUGGAGUGGCUUUGAGAAGCACCCAGAGCACACUGCAAGCAGGUCUGGCUGCAGAUUCCUGGGCUGCUCCCAUCGCCAUGCAGAUCUGCAAGAAGCACCUGGACCCCAGGCCCGGGCCCUGCCCACCUGAGCUGGGCCUGGGCCUGGGCCGGCUGGCCUGCUGCUGCCUGCACCGCCGGGCCAAAAGGAGGCCUCCUAUGACCCAGGUGUACGAGAGGCUAGAGAAGCUGCAGGCAGUAGUGGCGGGGGUGCCUGGGCAUUUGGAGGCCGCCAGCUGCAUCCCCCCUUCCCCACAGGAGAAUUCCUAUGUGUCCAGCACUGGUGGUGCCCACAGUGGGGCUGCCCCAUGGCAGCCCCUGGCAGCACCAUCAGGAGCCAGUGCGCAGGCAGCGGAGCAGCGCCAGAGAGGCCUCAACCAGCCUGUGGAGAGUGACGAGAGCUUAGGUGGCCUCUCUGCUGCCCUGCGCUCAUGGCACUUGACUCCGAGCUGCCCUCUGGGCCCAGCACCCCUCGGGGAGGCCAGCUGUCCUCAGGGGGACACCGCAGGAGAAUCGAGCUGGGGGAGUGGCCCAGGGUUCCGGCCCACAGCUGUGGAAGGACUGGUCCUGGGCAGCUCUGCAUCGUCAUCAUCAGAGCCACCGCAGAUUAUCAUCAACCCUGCCCGACAGAAGAUGGUCCAGAAGCUGGCCCUGUACGAGGAUGGGGCCCUGGACAGCCUGCAGCUGCUGUCGUCCAGCUCCCUUCCAGGCUUGGGCCUGGAACAGGACAGGCAGGGGCCCGAAGAAAGUGAUGAAUUUCAGAGCUGAUUUGUUCACCUGGGCAGAUCCCCCAAAUCCGGAAGUCAAAGUUCUCAUGGUCAGAAGUUCUCAUGGUGCACGAGUCCUCAGCAUUCUGCAGGCAGUGGGGGCGGGGGCCUAUACCCGCGGGGGAGAGAAGGCGGUGGCCCUGCUGUUCUAGGCUCUGUGGGCACAGGCAGGCCGAGUGGAACCCUGCCUCCAUGCCAGCAUCUGGGGACAAGGAAGGCUGGCAUCCAGUGAGGAGGCUGGUGCAUGUUGGGAGGCUGCUGGCUGCACAGACCCGCGAGGGGAGGAGAGGGGCUGCUGCGUAGGGGUGUGGAGCAGGGAGCUGGCUCCCCUGAGAGCUAGGCAGGGCGUCCGCAGCCUAGGCCUCUGGCAGCAGCUCUUUGCCCAUCUCUUUGGACAGUGGCCACCCUGCACAAUGGAGCCGAUGAGGCCCAGGGCCCUCCUAGCUGCUUACAAUUUGGAAAAGUGUGGCCGGGCAUGGUGGCUCACGCCUGUAAUCCCAGCACUUUGGGAGGCCAAGGCAGGAGGAUCACUUGAGCCCAGUAGGUCAAGACCAGCCAGGGCAACAUGAUGAGACCCUGUCUCUACAAAAAAUUGUUUUAAACAAUUAGCCUGGCGUGGUAGCGCACGCCUGUGGUCCCAGCUACCUGGGAGGAUCAUUUAUGCUUGGGAGAUUGAGGCUGCAGUGAGUCACGACCGUAUCACUGUACUCCAGCCUGGGCGACAGAGCAAGACCGUGUUUUGAAAAGAAAAAUCCUGGGAAAAGUAUGGCUAUAAGUCCUGCGAUUCAGUCCUAGCAAGAAGCAAGAAUUCUGAGAUCCUCCAGAGAGUCGAGCAGCACCCACCCUCCACCUCAGGCCAGUGUGUUCAGGCUUUACCAGGGACCUGUAAGCUGGCCUAAUGUGAUGGCCUGCAAGUCAGGCUGUCCGUGGGCGCCACGGACGAGCUCCAAGCCAGGUCAGGCUUUGGAGGCCACAAGCACAGCCUCAGGCCCAGGCACUGAUUGUGGCAGAGGGGCCACUACCCAAGGUCCAGCUAGGCCCAAGACCUAGUUACCCAGACAGUGAGAAGCCCCAGGAAGGCAGAAAAGUUGGGAGCAUGGCAGACAGGGAAGGGAAACAUUUUCAGGGAAAAAACAUGUAUCACAUGUCUUUAGAAGCAAGUCAGGUUUCAUGUAACUUAGUGUCCUCUUGCGUGUCCAAAAGUAGCCCAGGGCUGUAGCACAGGCUUAACAGUGAUUCUGUGUUCAGCCGGGAGUCACACUACAUGCCCCCAUGAAGCUGGGCAUUGGUGAAGUCCAGGUUGUCCUUGAGUAAUAAAAACAUAUGUUGCAAU